AUGGCAUCCAGAGACCCCGCCUCUGAACAACUUGUGAACUUCAAAAAUUCCCUCAAGGGUUCACCAGACUACAUCACCACUAAAGCUGGAGUACCAGUGGGUGUGAAGUCAGCUAUACAGACUGUUGGAGAACGAGGACCUGUGCUACUUCAAGAUGUCAACUUCCUUGAUGUCAUUUCUUCCUUUGACAGAGAACGUAUUCCAGAGAGAGUUGUUCACGCCAAAGGAGCUGGUGCUUUUGGAUACUUCGAAGUAACCAAUGACAUCAGGCAAUACUGUGCAGCUAAAGUGUUUGACACUAUCGGUAAAAAGACCCCAGUUGCAAUUCGGUUUUCCACUGUCGGUGGGGAAAGCGGUUCUGCGGACACGGUUCGCGAUCCACGUGGCUUUGCAGUCAAAUUCUAUACAGAGGACGGCAUCUGGGACUUAGUCGGAAACAACACACCUAUCUUCUUCAUCCGGGAUCCAUCCCUCUUCCCUAGUUUCAUACAUACCCAAAAACGAAACCCUGAGACUCACUUGAAAGACGCCGACAUGCACUGGGACUUCAUGUCCCUCCGCCCCGAAACUAUGCAUCAGCUUAUCUACAUGUUCGGAGACCGGGGAAUUCCAGACGGCUACAGAUUCAUGAACGGCUACGGUUCCCACACCUACGCCAUGGUAAACGACAAGGGGGUUAUGCAUUAUGUGAAAUUCCACUUCAAGUCAGACCAGGGUAUUAAGAACCUGCCUGUCGAUAAGGCGGCGGAGCUCGCGUCCACAGAUCCUGAUUACUCAAUCCGUGACCUAUACAACGCAAUUUCAAAAGGUGAAUUUCCCUCUUGGACCCUGCACAUUCAAGUGAUGACGGUUGAGCAAGCUGAGAAGAGUAAAGUCAAUCCGUUCGAUUUGACCAAGAUCUGGCCACACGGUGAGUUCCCCCUGAUCUCUGUGGGUAAGAUGGUGCUCGAUAGAAACCCGAAAAACUACUUUGCGGAAGUAGAGCAGGCUGCGUACAGCCCUUCGAACCUGGUUCCGGGUAUCGAGCCAUCCCCUGACAAGAUGUUGCAAGGUCGUUUGUUCGCCUACAACGACACGCACAGACACCGUCUCGGUGCGAACUACCUGCAACUGCCAGUAAACUGUCCCUUCCGGACGACCGUCUCGAACUACCAGCGCGACGGACCGCAAAACAGUAGCAAUCAGGAAGGUAGACCUAAUUACUUCCCGAAUUCAUUCUCGGGACCGCAGGAGUGUCCUCGGGCUGCUCGUCUUCAGCCUCGCGUUCGUGUUUCGGGUGAAAUUGGCCGUUACGAUAGCGGACACGAGGAGAACUUUGCGCAGGCCACCGCGCUCUACGAGAGAGUAUUCUCGUCAGAUGAGAAGAAGCGUUGUGCUCAGAAUAUCGCGGGACAUUUGAAGGACGCCGCCCCGUUCAUUCAGGAGCGCACUGUGCGACUACUUGCGAAGGUGCAUCCUCAGCUAGCAGCUGAUAUCGCCGCUGCCCUUCCACCGCAUAUCCGCUCCGCCCUUCGCCAGGCCAACCUUUAA